AAAAGAAUAGAACAUUUGAUGCGCUCGUUCCGCAAUUUUAUUUUUCUAAUAUUACAUGGAGCACAAUUUACGCGGAAAAGCGAGACUAUAUGGUGAUAACUAAACGUUAUAUUUCUUUAUUAAAAUGUAUCUUUACUUAAUUUAUUGUAAUUUGUAUUAGUAUACAUAUCUUUUCAUGUCAUCUAUUAAAUACAAGCAUCUUAAUCAAUAAAUACCGCUAAACAUUCUUAUUUUUUAAUUCUCUAUUCCGCUUUUCCGCGUAAAUUGUGCUCCAUGUAAUAUUAGGCAAUCAAAACAAACGGAACGGAUCGCGGAAAUCUAGUAAAUUUGUCUUCCGCGUUUCCACGUUUCCGCGCUUCAUGUAAUGGCACCCUGAGAAUACCUACUUUUUUAGUGCUUUACUUUCAAUCUAUGGCCGGUAUUCAUAGUCCAGACGCAAGCAUUCUCUUAAGAUUUUCUUGAUUAAGACCAUCUUGUUUGUAAAAGCUUAAGACAUUAAAUUAUGUAUUCAUAGUUUUAAAAUAAGACGAUCUUUGUAAAGAAAUUGACACUUUCUUUUGCUUAAGAUUUUCUUACUGAAGUUAACGCUUAAGAUGAUCUUAUUUUACUUUCGGUAAUCUUCGGGAUUUUUCUGAUGUAUCAGCCAAUGAAGUGUUGUGUUUAAAUUACAAAGAAUUCUGCAAGUUUCACGUUUACACGUUUUUAUUAUUAAUGUAUUAAAUUUUGGUGGAUUUCUUUCUGGCGCCGCAUUAUUAUAUAUUUAAAAAUUAUUAUUUGAAAAAUGGCAAGUAAUAAGAAACAUUAUACUGAUACAGAAAAAAUUUUUUUUUUACGAAUUUUGGCAAAAUAUUUGCACAUUAUCGAAAGAAAAAAAAGUGAUGCCACAACCUUAAAAGACAAAAAAGAAGCAUGGAACCAGAUUCGUGAUUCAUACAAUUUAUCGUUUAUUAUUACAAGUAAGAGAAGUAUUCAACAACUUAAAAAAUUGUGGAGUAAUCUAAAAUCAACACAGAGAGAUGCUCUUACGCAUGAAAAACAAGCUCGUCUGUCAACAGCUGGUGGGCCUGAACCUACAUCUGCUGAAAUUGACCCUGAUAUUGCUGCAAUAGCACCUAAUUUGAUGACAACGGCACCGACAUUAUUUUCAUCAAAUUUAUCAGAUGAAGUAAUACAAGAACGACAUCAGAGAAUCUUAAAUGACAAUUGCAUUCCUGAGGAAUUAUUAACUAAAAAUGUAGAAAAUGAAUCAUCUGUUGAUGACAAUUUUAAAGAAGUCACUAAUGAGAAUUUAAUUAUUGUAUGUGAUACAGAAGAAUCAAACAGUGAGAUCAAUGAAGCUGAUAAAGAAAAUACUGAUAUAUUAAAUACCAAACAUGCAAUAUUUAGUAACUAUAAAGGUAAUUUUAUCAAUGUCUAUUUUUACUGUGUAAAAUUGCAUGCGCAUACACAUAUGUAUUUAUAUUAA